AGCAGUUUACAUUCCUGUCUGGGCUGACUUAUUCUUCAGCAGAAAGGGAUCUUUGUGGGAGUGGGGCUUGCUGCACAGGUGGAGCGCAGAUUGGAGAUGAGCAGUUGCUUCAGGAGAAAGCCAGGCGCGAGAAGGGGGGAAGUGUGAGGUUAGGUGGAGCUUCCCUGGCUGCACGGGCUAUUCAGGAACAGGUCGGACGGGUUUCUCCCUUCGCAGGACUUCUUUCGCCUCGCGCUUUUUCACUUUUACCAACAAAGAGGGAGGAAGUCGUCAAACGGAUACAAACGAUAUCAGGACAUUUCAGCAUUUGACACAGAAAGGAGCCUCGAGAUGUCUGAGGAUGAGGAAUAUUUUGGAAAGCACGGUGAGCCAAGGAAAUAUGAUCCCACCUUCAAGGGUCCAAUCCACAAAAGGGGUUGCACAGAUGUCGUCUGCUGCAUUCUCUUCAUUAUUGCCAUCCUGGGUUAUAUCGCAGUGGGAAUUCUCGCCUGGUCCCAAGGUGACCCCAGGAAGGUGAUCUACCCCACAGACAGUCGGGGCCAGUUCUGUGGGCAGGCUGGCACUCCUCUUGAGAACAAGCGACUGUUGUUUUACUUCAACAUCAUGAAGUGUGCCAGUCCCAUGGUGCUGCUGGAGUUCCAGUGUCCAACCACACAGAUGUGUGUGGAGAAGUGCCCUGAAAAGUUCAUGACAUUACUCAAAGCCCACAGCAACCGAAAUGACUUUGACUACUACAAAAACUUCUGCAAGGACGGUGUGACCAAUUCAAUGAGUGUACCGGAAAUCCUGAGAUCGGGUCUCUGCCCUGCCAUGCUGACGCCCAGCAAGCCCUUCACCCGUAGGUGCUUUCCAGCGUUGUUCCAGAAAGGAGGCAAGAUAACUGUUGGAAACAGCUCUACGUUUGACGACGGAACCGGAAAUAUCCGAGACGCCAAGGAUCUUAUAGAUGGAGUGAAGAAUGCCACCAUGGUGAUCGAGGCGCGGCAGGUGGCCAUGAAAAUAUUUGAGGAUUACACACAGUCCUGGUACUGGAUCCUCAUAGGGUUGGUCAUUGCCAUGGUAACCAGUCUCCUCUUCAUCGUCCUCCUGCGCUUCCUGGCAGGCAUCAUGGUCUGGGUCAUGAUAGCUAUGGUGAUCCUUGUGAUAGGAUAUGGCAUCUUCCAUUGCUACAUGGAGUACGCUGACCUGAAGGGGGAGGCGGGCUCCAACGUAACUCUGAAGGAACUGGGUUUCCAGACAGACUUCACCAUCUACCUGCAGAUCAGGCAGACCUGGCUGGCCUUCAUGAUUAUUCUGGCCAUCGUGGAGGUUGUCAUCAUCCUCCUGCUCAUCUUCCUGAGGAAGAGACUCCUCAUCGCCAUCGCUCUCAUCAAAGAGGCCAGCAGAGCCGUUGGACAUGUGAUGUGUUCCCUUCUCUACCCACUGUUCACCUUCCUCCUCUUAGCCUUGGUCAUCGCCUACUGGGGAGUCACUGCUGUUUUCUUGUCUACCUCCAAUGAACCCAUCUACAAGGUGUUUAAUGACACGGUAUGCGAUCACUCCAGAGCAACUUGUGAACCAGCUAACUACUCGACGAGUGUCAUGAAGAAAGACUGCCCCGAGUCGGAGUGCCUGUUUGCUUUCUACGGUGGAGAGACGGUUUACCACAAGUACCUGAUUGCCCUGCAGUUCUACAACGUGUUCCUCUUCUUCUGGUGCGCCAACUUCGUCACAGCUCUGGGGCAGAUGACCCUAGCCGGGGCUUUUGCCUCCUACUACUGGGCGUUUGUCAAGCCGGACGACAUCCCGGCCUUCCCCGUGUUCUCCUCCCUGGGGAGGUCGCUCAGGUAUCAUACAGGAACUCUGGCUUUUGGCUCCCUGAUCCUCUCAAUCAUUCAGGUCAUCAGGGUUUUGCUGGAAUAUUUGGACCACAAGCUGAAAGGAGCCCAAAACAAGUUUGCAAAGUUCCUGUUGUGUUGUCUGAAAUGCUGCUUCUGGUGUCUGGAAAAAUUCAUCAAGUUCCUCAACAGAAAUGCGUACAUUAUGGUGGCGAUUUAUGGCAAAAGCUUCUGCACAUCUGCCAGAGAUGCCUUCUUUCUCCUCAUGAGGAACAUGAUCAGGGUUGCCGUCUUGGAUAAAGUGACCGAUUUCCUUCUAUUCUUGGGCAAACUGCUCAUUGUUGGGCUUGUUGGCGUCUUCGCCUUCUUCUUCUUCUCUGGACGAGUGAAGGCCUUUGAGGACACGGCUCCCACCCUCAACUAUUACUGGGUUCCCAUCAUAACGCUGGUGGUCGGCUCGUACCUGAUCGCCCAUGGAUUCUUCAGUGUGUACGCCAUGUGUGUGGACACGCUGUUCCUCUGUUUCUGCGAAGACCUGGAACGCAAUGACGGUUCAACCGCGAGGCCUUAUUACAUGUCGUCAACUCUUCACGAGGUUCUGUGGGAGGACAAGGCCGGAGACGCCUCCGUGUCGCCGGCUCGGCACCGGCACGACGAAGACAUUCAGCUGAGACGGGAGCCGACUAAAGAGGACGUGGCUUAGACUGGAGGACUUUUAUCACUCAAUUAGAGGCGCAGCAAAAACACCUUGCCUUAACGUGACAGAUGAAGUCCUCUAGUAGCUCGUAGUGUCUUUUUUUUUUAUUUUAUUUUUUUCCUGAUUUCUUGAUGAUGUUUCUUUUUUGAAUGUGAUUUAUCAUGAGUGGCUGGAGUCUCUUAGCUGUGGGUGUUAAAGGUGAAGUGGACCCUUGACGGGUUGCUGAUCCACCACGGAGAGAUUUCCACGUCUUCUAGACACAAAUGUGAAGCCUUUUGUUUCUUUGCCUGACACUUAACUUGUCAAAUCCUAACAAAUAAGGGGAGUGUGGUUAAUUAGAAUCAUCUGAUCAAAACGCCUCAUCGCUGGUUCUUCAGUGUCUUCAGGGAUCACCAUGUUGGUGUUUUGGUAUGAGCUGUUGCAUGACUUUAGUUUGGUGAAAUGUAGUUGCUUUUUGAAGUUGACAGGAUUUACUUAAGUUUCUCUUUUUAUUGUAGCUCUUUCUUUUUUUUUUCUUAGUUCCAAGUGAUGGAAUAGUCACUCAGGUAAAUGUCUUGACCGUGGAUUGCUCGCUCCUGAGGAGAACGGACAUUUCUCACCUCACUUGUUGCCUUUUUGAGUAGUUCUCCCUCUGCCAGCAUCCAAAAGACACUUGAGUCCAUCCGGUGCCUCAUUUACAUAGUUCUCUUUUUUUUUUGUCUCUUUUUUUGUAGCUCACAGUUUUAAAGGUACCUACUUGUUUACAGUUGAUUCCAGAACCACAUUACUCUACAGUCUUAUACUCAGUGACGCACUUUAAUGUUCAGCCAUAAUAGAUUCUGUCUGUAUAUGUGAAUAUUGGUGGAUUUUCAGGUGUAUAUUUUUUUUUCCUGCGUGGAUUUAGUUCUUUUACAGAAAUGAGCUUUUCUGUUGACUUAAACAGUGUUUCACUGACACGUGGAUCUGAAACUUGAAUUUGUCUUUUUGUUCAUAAAUGAACUAUUGAUUUAAAAGUUGUAUGAUUUUUAUUCAGUUGCAUUAAAGUUUUUUUUAGAUUUACUUCUCGUGGCUACAAAUUGAAGUUUUGUGCUCGUUCUAGGUUUUUCUUUUAUUGUAUUUUUAUAUUUCAAUCACAAAAUUGUAAGCUACCUUACACUUGACGAUAUUUAUUACAAGAGUAAAGGCAGAUCCUCAGACUUUUUAAAAAUAUGGCAAUCUCAUAUAGACUUUGACUUUAAGAAUCUCGUAGGUCAAUGUAAGGCAUAGUGACUGAUAAUAUCUGAGUGCAAUGUGUUGUUUUGUUGUCUUGUUUGUUUUAAGUGGAGUUUUCCCACCGUGUUUUUUUUUUUUUUUGAGGAUAUACAGGACUGUCUCAGAAAAUUAGAA